AUGCCGCUCGUCAAGCGCAAGGUCGUCGAGCUCGUCCCGCCCCCCAUCGCUUCGGGCUCCGACGACCCGGACGUCUUCUACCUCGCACAGACCGGCGAGCUCUUCCCCGAUUUCGAGUCGUACUCCAACCGCCUCACCUUCUACAACCAAAAGAUCUUCCAAUGCGAGCUCACCGGUCGCAUCAACCUCACCUACUUCGAUGCGCUCAAGAGCGAACGCAAGGAGGCCAUCGCACUCCACAAGAUCUUCCCCGAACAGCUCAAGGCGCCCGUCCUCCGCGCCGUCCAGUUCCAGAUCACGGGUCGCAUCGACGAACUCGUCGACCUCGUCUACGACCGCUUCAAGCACCGCUUCUUCCCCGGAGAGACCGUCUACUUUGACCUCGACGGUGACAAGUACUAUGCGCUCGUCUCCCACGUCAAGCCACCGCCUACGCCUGCUCCCGCGACAGCCAACGGCCACGAUGCCCAAGCGCAGAUCAAGCAGGAGCCCAACGGCCACGACACCCACUCGUCGCACUCCAGCCCGCGCUCGUCCCCAUCCCCGUCGCCCGCACCCAUCCACACCGUCGGCACCGACUUGGCGCUCGAGCUCGACGCCGCCAACCAGGCCGACGACCCGGCCAACUACGUCUACCACGUCGACCUCAUCGACGACGAGGACCAGCCCACGGGCGGCACGCACAUCACCUCGUCCGAAAAGCUCAGCCGCGACCGCCUCGCCUUCUCCAAGACCAUCCUGCGCAAGUACCUGCGCGACUGCAUCGUGCGCGCCGCCAACAUCGGCGCAGAAUGGCGCGUCAAGGACUGGCUCGCGCGCAAGUACGCCAUCCCGCUCGAGCCCAGUGACGAGAUCACGCAGAAGAACGAGGCGCUCAAGGACGCCAAGCUGUCCAAGCGCAAAAAGUACCUGCUCGUCGACGGCGACGACUCGGGCACCGACUCGAGCAAGAAGCUCAAGAAGCUCAGCGCCGCUGCCCAGCGCAAGGCGGAUGCCGCCGAGCAGGCGGCGCUCGAAAAGGCAAAGGAGGACGAGCGGCUGCGCAGGAAGAACCUCAAGUAUCCCAUCGACGACCUCGAGCUCGACCCCAUCACCAAACGCGAGCUCAUGGUCAAGGUGCCCGGCGAGCUCGAGCGGCGCAAGCAACGCCCGGUGCCAGGUCGGGGCAGUUUGGCGCUGCCCGUGCCCGGCGAGCUGUUUGAGCUGUUCAUCGUGAGCUACUACUUUCUCGUCUCGCACGGCAAGCCGUUAUUGCUCUCGACGUUUACGCUCGACGACUACGAGCAGGCGCUGCAGCAUCGGCUUUCUGACCCGCCCUGCACGCUGCUCAACGAGAUCCACCGCACGCUCAUCAACCUCGUCGUGCGCGAUGGCGGUAACAGCCUCGUCUCGACCACCUCGGCGCUCGAAGCCACGCUGGACCUUCCCGCCUCGGCCCCCACGAGUGUGGACGGCGACGACGAAGACGAUCACGCGCGCAGCGAUGCCGCUUCGGACGUGGACGAGCUGGACGCAUCGCCGAACGGUGCCGGCACCAACGGCGGGGCGGGCACGAGUGGCGAGGCGGCUGCGAUCGCGUCGCUGCUCGAGGCGGCGCGCGAGCUGAGUGCCGGAUGGGAGACGCUGGUGGUGCGUGCGGACCACCGGCGCGAGCGCUGGGAGAACUCGCUGGUGGGGCUCAUCGCCGCGCGCGCCACGCCCGACACGCUGCCCAACAUGAUCGGCAUCCUCUCGCACCUCACCGCCGUCGAGCAUGCCGACGGCUACAUCGACGGCGAGUGGGUCGCCGAGCUGUACGACUCGCCCGCACACCGAUACCCGCUCCUCAGCCUCAGGGAUAAGCUGCACAUUCUGGAUUUCCUCUGCUCCGAGGCCGUCAUGACGCGCGCCGUCAAGACGUUCUACGACGAGUGCGAGGCGCAGGUCACCGAGCUGCGCAAGGACAAGAUCGAGCUCAGCCGCGAGCGCAAGCGGCUCGCCGAGGCGCGCGACGAGUUUGAGGGCAAGCACAACAAGGACGAUGCGGAUGGCGAGGGCGAGGGCGAUGCAGAAGCCGGAGAAGGCGAGGAGGCCGAGGAGGAAGAGGACGAGGAAGAGGAGGAGGAGGAUGAGCUUGCGUCAGAUUCGGAGCGAUCCGCGCGCGAAGGCUCAUCGCUCUCGGACGGGCGCGGGGGGCGGGGUGGUGGAUCGCGGCAAGAGAUCCUGCGACAAAAGGCGCUGGAGAAGCGCGCGCACGAGGCGGCACAGCGGGUGGAGCAGGCCAAAGCUCGCGAGCUGCACCGUGCCAAGCUGGCGGAGAACAAGAUCCUCACCGCACAGCGACGACGGCUGGAAGAGGAUGAGGCGCGGCUCGCGCGGCGCGACGAGCAGCUCGAGCGCGAGUUCCGCCGCUUGCUGCACGUGGCGCGCAUGGUGCCGCUCGGCCGCGACCGGUUCGGCGACAAGUACUGGUGGUUCGACGGGCUCGGCUCGUGCUCCCUCGUCACGGCCUCGGACAAACCCACGUACCAAACAGGUCGACUCUUUAUCCAAGCCGCCUCUACCGACGAAACAGCCCUUCUGCUUCCCGACACCGAGGUGAAGCGCGAUGCAUACGCGGAGCUCCUCCACCCCACUCUUACGGCUGAGCGAUUGGAGGCGCGCAAAGAGGCAGAGUUGGGAGAAGGCGGAGUGUUGGCCCCGGGGGAAUGGGCGGUGUAUACCGAGCCCGAGAGGAUCCAAGAGUUGCUGGCAUGGUUGCGUCCCAAGGGCCACCGUGAACAUGCGCUCAAGCAGCAUCUGCUCAAGUUCCGAACGCAUCUCGAGGGCGGCAUGAAGAAACGCAAUGCCGAUCUGGGCGCGAAUCUCAAGGACGCCUUCGAUGCCGUGCGUCGCUCGGCGCGUGCGGCCAAGAGCGAUACCAACGGGACAAGGCUCGCCUACAUGAGCUGGAAAAACACCCUCGACAAGUCAAAGUAG